UGUUGAGGGCCGGCUCGCUCGCCCGCCCGCCCGCCCGCCCGCCCGCCCGCCGCUCUCCUGAGGCGACCCUCGGCGCAGCGCCACCACGGAGGGCCCACGGCGGAGACGGAGGCGACGGAGGCGGCUCCGGAACCUCGAAGAGGACGGGCGGGCCGCCGUCAUGGAGUCCCCCGCGCAGCUGAAGGACCGCAUCCUGGAGAACAUCUCGCUCUCCGUCAAGAAGCUGCAGAGCUACUUUGCUGCCUGCGAGGAUGAGACCCCCGCCAUCCGAAACCACGACACGGUCCUGCAGCGUCUCUGCGAACACCUGGACGCCCUGCUUUACGGACUGCAAGACCUUCCUUCGGGCUACUGGGUCUUGGCGCUCCACUUCACCCGCCGAGAGGCCAUCGAACAGAUAGAAUUGCUGGAGCACGUGACCACCAAUUGGGGCGCAGUAAGCCGAGCGUGGCUGUACCUGGCCUUGAACGAGAACUCCCUGGAGAGCUACCUCCGCCUCUUCCAGGAGAACCUGCCUUUGCUGCAUAAGCAUUACGUCAAAAAUGCCCUGGUCUGCAGCCACGACCACCUGACCCUCUUCCUCACCCUGGUGGCGGGCCUGGAGUUUAUCCGAUUUGACCUGGACCUGGAUGCCCCUUACCUGGACUUGGCUCCCUACAUGCCAGAUUACUACAAGCCCCAGUACCUGCUGGAUUUUGAGGACCGGCUGCCCAGCUCCGUCCAUGGGUCCGACAGCCUCUCCCUCAACUCCUUCAACUCGGUGACAUCCACCAACUUGGAGUGGGACGACAGUGCCAUCGCCCCCUCCAGUGAGGAUUAUGAUUUUGGAGAAGUCUUCCCUGCAGUGCCGUCCAUGCCUACCACAGCAUGGGAAGAAGGAGACCUGACUGAUACGCUCUGUCCACGUUCUGUGGCCUCCGAGUUGAACAGCUGCCAGGCUUCCGCCAAGAGCCCCACCCAGCGCUACAACCCUUUUGACGGGAAGGUGGAAGCACCGUCAUCCGCUGAGAGCACCCCAGUGCACGCUGCCUCGCUGAAGGGCGGCUUCGCGCCUGAAGGCACCGAUCAGUCUGAGGGCGGCACAGAGCUGGAGGUCAUCAGGUUGGCUAAAAAGAAGAAAACAGGCAAGAAGAAGAUGAAAUCGGAGGAGGCCUCUGUCCCCUCCUUCCCUGCUCCUGCUGGAGACCAGGCGGUGGACCAGGAGGCCGGGCGGCCAUGGACCACCCCAGAGUCCAACCUGACAGUCAGCACCGAAGCACCGGCCCUCUGCCAGCUGGGGCUCCAGAUCCCCGAAAUGAAGGACACGGCUAUGGAACGGGUGGGGCAGGAACUCAGCAAGGUGAUCGACUCGCUGGAGGCGGCCGACGGGUGGAGCCGCCCCCUGGAUCCCCCCCAGUCCUUUCGGACCGACUUGCCAGGGGACCCCCCUUCGGAAGGGCCAUCCCUUGGCAGCUUUGGUCAGGGUCUGCCGGCCCCCAUGGACUUCUACCGCUUUACCGUUGAGAGUCCAAACACUCCUGCAACAGGUGGUGGCCACCAUGACUCUGCAGGGCAUGGUCAACCGGCACAUGUUUUUGGUAGCCCUGAAGCUCCUGAACAAGAGGAAGAAAGAGGGAGAGGGGAGGCUGCUGGGCCAGCCGUAGCCAGCUCGCCGGGAGAAGUGGUGGAGACGGCCAGUGCGGCGGCCCUCAGCAGGCUGAAGGAGGAUCGGGCGAGCCCUUCUCCAAGCAGCGCCGAGGACUCAGGGGUGGAGGAAGGGCAGGGCAGUCCGUCAGAGGCUGCCCAUCCCUCGGAGUUCAGGGUAGACAACAAUCACUUGCUUCUUUUGAUGAUCCACGUCUUUCGGAACGAGGAGCAGCUCUUCCGGAUGAUCCGCAUGAGCACCGGACAGGAAGGGACCCUCCAGCUCCUUUACUUGCUCCUGACCGACUGUUACAUGUACCUCAUCCGAAAAGGAGCUGCCGAGAAGCCUUACAUGGUGGAGGAGGCUGUGUCCUAUAAUGAGCUGGACUACAUCUCUGUGGGUCUGGAUCAGCAAACAGUGACUUUGGUCUGCACCAACCGCCGGAAGCAGUUCCUGCUGGACACGGCGGACGCUACCCUAACUGAGUAAGGGAUAGGCGGGCCGCGUCUC